AUGAGAUGGUGCGUGAUCUCCGCAUACCGAGAAGCUUUUCAUAGGAGGAGAUUUCAACGGCCUUAUUGGAGCGACGUCUGGGGAUAUGAUGAUGUGCAUGGUGGCUUUGGUUUUGGAGAUAGAAAUGGAGGAGGAACGUCUCUGCUGGACUUUUCUAGAGUAUUUGAUUUGGUGAUGGCAAACUCGAGUUUCCUUAAGAAGAGGGAGCACUUCACCUUCCGGAGUUCGGUGAGUGAAACUCAGAUUGAUUAUUUACUCUGCAGGAAGUUCGAUAGAGGUCUUUGCAUGGAUUGCAAGCUCAUCCCGAGUGAGAACCUCUCGACCCUUCAUAGGCUCCUGGUCAUGGACCUUAAGAUCACAAGGAAAAGGAAGAAGAGGGCGAUGGAAGCCGCGAGAGAUGUAUUAGGGGUCUCAAAGGGAGAUCGGCGGUGGAAUAGAGAGGUGCAAGGAAAAGUGAAAACAAAGAAAGCAGCGUAUCUGAAGCUAGUGGAAAGUGUAGACGAUGAGGAGAAGAGGGCGAAUAGAGAGCAUUAUAAGUUGGCUAAGAAAGAGGCAAAGCUAGCAGUUACGGUGGCCAAGACUGCGACUUUUAGUUGUUUGUAUGUGGAACUCGAGGGCCGAGGUGGGGAUAAGAGGUUGUUCAGGAGGAUUAGAGUUGAUGAAGUGGAGAGGGCUAUGUGUAAGAUGAGUAGGGGCAAAGCGACCGGGCCGGAUGAAAUCCCAGUGGAGUUUUGGAAGAGUGCGGGCAAGAUCAGUACAAAGUUUUCACGGGGCCUUACAAGUGUGUCUAUUUUCGAGAACCAAUUUGGAUUUAUGCCGGAGCAUUCGACUAUAGAAGCCAUCCACCUUGUUAGGAUAUUGAUGGACCAGUAUAGGGAGAGAAAUAAGGACUUGCAUAUGGUGUUCAUCGACUUAGAAAAGACGUACAAUAAAGUCCCGAGGGAGGUUUUGUGGAGAUGUUUGGAGGCUAGAGGUUUACAUGUUGCCUACGUUAGGUUGAUUAAGGACAUGUAUGAUGGAGUAAAGACCCGAGUAAGGACGAUGGGUGGGGACUCAGACCAUUUUUCAGUUAUGAUGGAGUUGCAUCAGGGGUCAGCACUCAGCCCUUUUUUGUUUGCUCUGGUGAUGGACGUACUGAUGCGCCACAUCCAAGGACAGGUGCUGUGGUGCAUGCUUUUGCAGAUGAUAUUGUACUGA